CCCCCCCUAAUCCGCCCCAAACUUCAACAAGACUGUGAGAGAGAGGAGCCAACUCUGGUGUGGACCAUCAUCACCACACGGCCUUUUUUGCGCUCAGUCUCGGCUGGUUCGCGAUUUACUCUGGUUCAUCGUUUCGCGUCAAGUGUGAAAGCAAAUUCCUCCCAGAGAGAGCUCAAUUCUCUCUUCUCAACCUCCUCACACAUCCAAGCAACCGCGGAAUCGCGCACAAACCGACCGCGCGGGUCGUCGCCGUCGUGGUGUGUCAAAUCGAAACCCCCAGCACACCAAGACCUGCUCAAACCACGCUGGUCACCCGGACUUCAGGAGAGGAAAAAUUUGCUUAAAAGAGAGAGAGAGAGAGAGAGAACGUAGCAACCCUCGACGAACGCAGGAACCGUCCACGAUGUCGCUCAGUCAGGUUCUGAACGUCUGCCCGAAGGGUGCGAGUCUCGUCGCGGCAACCGGAAGAAGAAACGUGGGCCGGAUAUCGACGCUGCUGUUAUCGUCCAGUGUUGGCCAACAGUGCAACGCCAGCGCCACCUCCAGCAGUGUCCUCCUGUCCGCCGAUCCGCUAGUGUUUUCCGCGAACGGUACCAGCAACAGCCGCAGCAUGUCGACCCGCUGCGUCACGGUGGACAACAUCAACCCGGCGAUCAAGCUGAUGGAGUACGCGGUCCGCGGGCCGCUCGUCAUCCGGGCCGGCGUCAUCGAGAAGGAACUGGAGCAGGGCGCCAAGAAACCUUUCACGGAAGUGAUCCGCGCCAACAUCGGGGACUGCCACGCCAUGGGCCAGCAACCGAUCACAUUCCUCCGGCAGGUUCUCGGCCUAGUGUCCUACCCGCCCCUCUUUGACGACAAAUCAAUCCCGGAGGACGCGAAGCAACGCGCGCGGGACAUCCUGAAGGGCUGCAAGGGCGGUUCGGUCGGUUCGUACACCGACUCGAACGGUAUCGAGGUGAUUCGGCAGCAUGUGGCCCAGUACAUCCAGGACCGUGACGGCGGCAUCCCGUCCGAUCCGGCCAACAUUAUCCUGUCGGCGGGUGCCUCCGGUGGCAUUAAGGUGCUGAUGUCGCUGCUACGGUGUCCGAUCGACGGAAAGAAGCCCGGCGUGAUGAUCCCCAUCCCGCAGUAUCCGCUGUAUUCGGCGACGAUCGCCGAGUUUGAGAUGGAACAGUGCGGCUACUAUCUGGACGAGGCCAACAAGUGGGGACUGGACAUUGCCGAGUUGAAGCGAUCGCUGGCGGAGGCCAAGACGAAGUGCGCCCCGCGGAUACUGGUCGUCAUCAACCCGGGCAACCCGACCGGCCAGGUCCUGUCCAAGGAGAACAUUCAGGAAAUCAUCAAAUUCGCACACCAGGAAAAGCUCGUCCUGUUCGCCGACGAGGUCUACCAGGACAACGUCUACGAGAAGGGCUCCCAGUUCCACUCGUUCAAGAAGGUCCUCAUGGAGAUGGGCGCCCCGUACAACACGAUGGAACUGUGCAGCUUCAUGUCCUGCUCCAAAGGGUACAUGGGCGAGUGCGGAAUCCGCGGCGGAUACGCCGAAAUCGUCAACCUCUGCCCGGACGUGAAAGCCAUGCUCCUCAAGUGCAUCUCGGCCCAGCUCUGCCCCACCACAAUCGGCCAGGCCUGUAUGGACGUGGUGGUGCAUCCGCCCCGCAAGGGUGAACCCUCGUACGAGCUGUUCAUGAAGGAGAAGACGGCCGUGCUGGAGUCGCUGAAGGUGCGCGCCGAAAUGGUCGCCGAGACGUUCAACUCGAUCGAGGGCUUCUCGUGCAACCCGGUGCAGGGCGCGAUGUACGCCUUUCCCCAGAUCCGGCUGCCGGCGAAGGCGAUCGAGGCGGCCAAGAAGGCCGGCCAGGCGCCGGACGUUUUCUAUGCAUUCCAGCUGUUGGAGCAGACCGGCAUCUGCAUCGUCCCCGGUUCCGGCUUUGGGCAGCGCCCGGGCACGUACCACUUCCGCACCACGAUCCUGCCCCAGCCGGCCAAGCUGAAGGAGAUGCUCGGCAAGUUCCGCUCGUUCCACGAAAAGUUCUUGCAAGAGUACAAGUAAAUUGUCGUGAUUUUUUUAAACACACUUUUUGAGUUUAAAUUUUUGUUAGGCGAAAAGCAAACACACAAACACACACGCGCGUAUUAUCCGAUUGUAGUGAAAGAAGAAGAUGAUUAAAAACGAGAUUUUGGAAUAAGAGAGGACUGCUGAUAGAAUCACACUCACACACACAUAUUUAGCAUAUCCCGCUUUGAAGCUUCAAACGAUGAUAUCGUAUUUGCCAAGGUAGUAGAAGCAAUUUAAUUGCAUGUUUUUACCACGCUAGGUUUAAAAAAGAAAAAAUAAAUAAGUCCUCACACGCAAUUGUAACUUUCUAUGUGCAGCUGUUAUUUUUUGUGUGUUUCAAAUUGGUCGUUACAAAACAAAACAAUAAAGUAGAUUGGCAGCAUUUUAAAUGAGUAUGAACGUUAUUCGAAAAACAAAGAGAAAUCUGAUAACCAAAAAAGACAAUAAUUAUUUGGUAGAGUUACCGAAAGUGUUUUUUCGACGUCACUUUGUAUAUCGCUAUUACUCGAUAAAUAUGUGUGUUUUAACGCGUUCUACAAAAUUGUUAACCAACCCCAGCUGUACCUUUACGAAAACAAUUAAAACAAGUAUAUUGAAGAUAUUUUAGCAAAAAAAAACUCAUCAAUCAAACAAUUACUAGAAGCAGCAGCAGCAACGGCAGUCGUGCAACAAACAAGUGUAUAUUCUCGUUCGAAAGGACCACAAUUUGUUAAAUGCUGUGAAUAAUAAAGAAAAGUGCGGAAAUUGUUCGAAGGACAACAAAAAUAAAACACACCAGACUUUUGAUUGUUUCAACAUUGAAGAAGCGAAAAUGUGCCCCAUUUAAUAAUUGGUUUGUUUGUUUGUUUUUAUUAAUUGUUUUAUUCACAUUUAAAACGGCUUUGUGUGAUUUUUCUUUUUCGAUUCUGGCGACCUUCGCGUUCUCACCUUCUCUUCGCGGCCCUGCGAUCCACAUUGGUUUAAUUAAUAUACAUACAACUAUUUACACAGUCACUUUGCGAUUUUUAACUUCUUUUCUCUUCUCUGCUCUGAUUUGUUUGUUUCGAUAUUUGCUAAUUGUGUAUAAAAUAAUAGUUUUUUUUCUUCAUUCCUGUCUUCUUCUGAUUCGGCUUCAUUUUCUUCUGUCUCUGUAUUGGUUUAAAAAGUGUGAGCGAGCUUCUUCCCUCCUAGUUCUCGCCAAAUACGCGUGGCGGCAGCAGCGUCGGCGCCCUUUAUUUGUAUCUACUGCGAAAUGUUUUUGUUUUGUUUUUGAAAGGGGGAGGGGACCUAUUAUCGAAUUAAAAUAUCAAAAUUUAUUUCCUUUGAAAAACAUGAAUGAAACACAUUUUUUAAGAUAAAAAUUCAAAACUCAAUUGAUCGAAAACCUAUUUAUUUAAAUCCUGGUGAAAAAUAAAAAAUGGUCAAAAAUCUGUAUCAGGUGUACAAAAAUCUGUAUCUGGAAUCUGUAUUGACAUUUUCGAGCAAUUUUUCAACAAAAAAAUAUUGUAAAUCUUUUUUAAUGCGUUUAAAUGCCAUUCAACCUAAAAUUUUACAUCUGGGCCCAUUGAGCCCUUUAAAAUUAUAAAAAAAUAAAUAUUAUUUAAUUUUAAUCAAAACUCGGGGAAAUAACUAUGUACAACUGUAUGUUUCUCUUAAAAUCUGUAUUACUGCAUAUACAGAUUCUGUAUCACCUAAUGUAUCUGGAAAUCUGUAUUGACAUUUUCGAGCAAUUUUUCGACAAAAAAAUAUUAUAAAUCGUUUUUUAAUGCGUUAAAAUUCCAAGAAACCUGACAUUUUAAGUCUGGGCUCAUUCAGACAUUGAAAACAAAUUAAAAACUUAAAUUAUUUAAUUUUAAUUAAAAUCCUGGGAUAUCUGUAAAUCUGCGUGGUUUUUCCUAAAAUCUGUAUUUCGGCAUAUACAAAGUAUGAAUGACCUAAUCACCUAAAAAAUCUGUAAAAUACAGAUAAAUCUGUAUUUGUGACAUCCCUAUGCUGUUGCAGCAACAAGCUUACCGUCAUGUAUGAAAGAGUGAAAAAACUCAUAAAAAUAUUCGGAAGCGAAAAAUAAUAGUUCAAAUGACUGAAAAUUCAGCAAAAUAUGUUGAAUUAUUUGUAAUACUUGAAUAAUUUUAAAACACAAAAAAAUACAAAAAAGAAAUAUCUAUAUCGAUUUAUUGGUCACCUACAUUCGAACUUUUGUCCAUCAAUAAGUUGUUCAAUUUCGACCUUACAGUAUGUAAAAAAAGUAUUUACACCCCUUGGGCACUAUGCACAUAUUGUGACAAAACAUCUAAACAAUUUAAUGUUGACAGAAACCUAGUACUACGUUUUGUUCAGAAACUCAUGCCAGACAUUUUGCUACAAAAAGCUCAUGAAAAGAUGAUUUCUAAAAAAAUUUAUAUAACAAAUACUAUUACGAAACUAAAAAAGGUGCAAAAAAAGUUUGUACACCUUUCGAAAAAUUAACAUAAAUAAUGUUUUUUGUUGACAAAUCACCAUAAAUCCAGUCUCCCAACUUCAAAUAGGCAUCCUUGACUGAUUAAAAAAAUAAUUUGGAUUGAAUAUAAAGUUUACUAACUACUUAGUAUAAAAGUUUAUAUAACUCUGGAAAUUCUAUAUAAAACUUAUCUAAACUUAAUUUUGCAAACUUUUAAUUCAACUAAAUGUCAAUAUAUUACCAUAGAAUUGCUAAAUAAACAUUUUGGAGUGGGUAUAACACCGUUUUGGGGGUAUUUGUAUCGAUAGAAUAGAUUUUUCGUUGGAAUUUCGUACCAACCCGAAAUUACGUCGUAGGAAAAUCCGCCGGCAUCCGAACCGGUCCACGAUUCACAAGUCAACCUAUGUGGAAUCGGAAAGGGCAUAAAAUUUCCGAUCUUUUGAUACCCAUACAUCUAGGUUUUCUAUAAAACCCACGAUUUUAAAUACCUAGGUAAAAACGUUGUUAUGGUUUUGUUUGAGCAAUCUGCCAAAAAUGUAUGGAAUUUCGUAAUUUUUGUUCUCGUGGAACAAACUUACUUUUUGCCCAGGUAUUUAAAAUCGUGGGUUUUAUAGAAAACCUAGAUGUAUGGGUAUCAAAAGAUCGGAAAUUUUAUGCCCUUUCCGAUGCCACAUAGGUUGACUUAAGAAUUGUGGACCGGUUCGGAUGCCGGCGGAUUUUCCGACGACGUAAUUCCGGGUUGGUACGAAAUUCCAACGAAAAAUCUAUUCUAUCGAUACAAAUACCCCCAAAACGGUGUUAUACCCACUCCAAAAUGUUUAUUUAGCAAUUCUAUGGUAAUAUAUUGACAUUUAGUUGAAUUAAAAGUUUGCAAAAUUAAGUUUAGAUAAGUUUUAUAUAGAAUUUCCAGAGUUAUAUAAACUUUUAUACUAAGUAGUUAGUAAACUUUAUAUUCAAUCCAAAUUAUUUUUUUAAUCAGUCAAGGAUGCCUAUUUGGAGUUGGGAGACUGGAUUUAUGGUGAUUUGUCAACAAAUAACAUUAUUUAUGUUAAUUUUUCGAAAGGUGUACAAACUUUUUUUGCACCUUUUUUAUUUUCGUAAUAGUAUUUGUUAUAUAACUUUUUAUAGAAAUCAUCUUUUCAUGAGCUGUUUAUAGCAAAAUGUUUGGCAUGAGUUUCUGAACAAAACGUAGUACUAGGUUCCUGUCAAACUUUAAAUUUUUUACAUGUUUUAUCACAAAAUGUGCAUAGUGCUCAAGGGGUGUAAAUACUUUUUUUACAUACUGUAUAUUUUUCAACCCUAAGGCAUUCGACUUUUUUUUUAUUUCGAUUUUUAGUCCAAUUAACAAGUUAAUCAAUUUCGACCUUAUGUUUUUCGUCCUUUUGUCCACUCGACCUUUUGUCGAAUUAAUAAGUUGUUCAAUUUCGACCUAUCGUCCAUUCUACCAGAUAUUUUUCAAACCAUAGGGUUUCGACCUUUGAUCUUCUCGACCUUUUGUCUUUAUAACCUAUUACCUAUUGUUCAAUCAAUAAGUUGCUCAAUUUCGACCUAUCGACCUUUCAAUCUUAUGUUUUUCGACCCUUCGGCAUUCGGUCAUUUGUCCACUCGACCUUUUGACCUUUCAACCUUUUAUCCAAUCAAUAAAUUGUUCAAUUUCGACCCAUCGUCCUUUCGAACUUAUGUUUUCGACCCUUCGACAUUCGACCUUUUGUCCUCUCAACCUGUUGUCUUCUCGAUCUUUUGUCCAAUCAAUAAGUUGUUCAAUUUCGACCUUAUGAUUUUCGACCCUUUGGCAUUCGACAAUUUGUCCACUAGACCUUUUUCCUCUCGAUCGUUUGUCCAAUUAAUAAAUUGUUCAAUUUCGACCUAUCAUUCUUUCGACCGCAUGUUUUUCGACCCUUAAGCAUUCGACCCUCUCCUCUUGUUAACCCUCUACAACCCAUCCCCGCCUGUAGACGGGCUUCGAUCUAAAAAAUCGCCAAAAUCAAUUUUUCAAGUAAUUUUUGAUCUUUAAAAUCUUUAAAGAACUCUCAAAAUUUAAAAAAAAAUGUAGGGUUGGAGCUUGUUUUAUGUGAAUUUGCCAAUGUUUUUUAGAAUGUAAUUUUUAAGGGGUCAACUUUGGCUGUAUUUAUUGGUCACAUUUCCUAUAUUUGAAGUAAUUUUAGCUAUGCCUCUACACAUUUUUUUACAAUUUAAAAAAAUAAUGUUGCCAUUCUAGGCCAAAUACUACCGAAAGCAAAGAUUAACCAAACAAAACAAAUGCAAAUUAAAAUACUA